UUUCGUUAAUUGAACCAUUGUUUCAUGUAAGGUAGUUCCCGGAAGCUGAAUGAAGGUAUAUUCGUAUAUAAAAGCCUCGUUCGGCAAGCUCGGCAAUGUUACUCCGAGUUUAGCUCUUCUCUCAACAUCACUCGUUGUGCACAACAUGAAAAUCCUGAUAGUUUUGGCAUUUUGCGUGGCCGUCAUUAGUGCUGGGACUCCUUAUUUGAGCGCUUUCACUCACGCGGUCAGAGUCCCAAGUCGGGACAGUGCUGUUAUCAGAUCUGAUCGCUUAGGUGGAAAUUUUGCCUACUCCACCAUUGAAGGGCAUGCUUACGUUGCCGUGGCACCAAUCUUGCAACAUACUGCGACACCGACGGACGCUAUGGCCGCUCCGAUGAUUUCCAACAACGACCCCACGUCUGCAUAUGCUUUGGAAUCGGCAACGCUACCCAAAGAGCACAGGGGUCUGCCUCUCAGUUUUCGUGCUACUCCUCUUAUUGCUAACCGGCAUAGUAAAUAUUAGUGAGUUUAAAAUCUGGUUCAAUUGUUGCUACUAAAAUCGUAAUAAAAACAAAUAUUAAAUGAA